AUGAUAUAAAUUUAAGAUUUAUUGGUUCUUACAACCAUCCUUUUCAAAUUAUAUAACGAAUAACAACACAGACAAUCUUAAUUAAAUUAUAUAAAACUAUAAUCAUCAUUGAAAUUAAUCUAUAUUUCAAAUACUAGAUAUCUACAGACCAUUUCUUUUAACUCCUUAUUUAAUUUCUAUUACAAGUUAAGUAUCGUUAAUUUAAAAUCUAAAAUUAUUCGUCUUUAUCAUUUUUACUAAGUGCUAUUAUAAAUUAAAACCAAACACAGUUAAUAAUUAUAUCAAAAGGUUUAAGCUACUUAUCAAUUAAAUAAUAAUUAGCAAAAUUUUAUUAAAUCAGAAGAUAAUAAAAGGUAUAGUAUAAUUACCAAUUAUAUCUUAGAUAUUAUUGA